CUCCGGUGAAACUUGCUGCUGACUGAUCUCUGCUAAGCCGACGAAAUGAGUAUUAGAAAAGAUCCACCGCCACAUCCUGGACCAUCAACCAUUGGUAUGUUUGGUAAGAGAGUCCAGUUGAAGAACACCAUUGGAAAAAGAAUCCUUAAUAAUAAUUCUGCUUUCAGCAAUUUGUCCAACAACUUUGUUGUGGAAAAGAACAGUGAUUUCAGAAUCAUUAAUACCCCUGACUUCUUUGGAAAAGAAUGUCCGAACCCAGACCAGCUGGUCAUUGACUUCCUGGCACGUUGCCAUCCAGCCCCGGUUCGGUUCAUACUGGCCAUCGAUACAGAAAACUCAGAGGAGGAAAAAGUUGUAGAUCAAAUCAAGCAACUUCAAGAAUUCUUUGGAGAAAACACCACGGCGCACUUGAUCAUUCUGUUCCAGGAUGCUGAAAAAUUCUGUUUGCUCGAUCAUCUGAAGCAAAGGUUCCAAACCAGUUUGGCGACUGCCAAUCAAAACCUUCUUGGGGAAUUUAAGAAGUGGUGCUCAGCCCAUCAGCCCUUCCUGUAUGACUACAAGAACUACAGUGAAGAUGUUGUGGAGAGAAGAAAGGCAGCCCUGGAGAAUAUAAGUCACAACGGCGAUCCGCCGCAGCAACAUGGGAGAGAAGGAUCACAUCUCGUGACUCCGUCCACCUCACAAGAUGCCUUGGCAGUAGCAGCACCUGAACGACCCGUUGGUGACAGUGUCCAUACGGCGGGCGAUGGCAUAUUCAACAUUGUUCUGCUGGGACUGAGUGGGACUGGGAAGAGUGCAUCAGCAAACACCAUCCUUACUGCUCUCGGCAUCAAAUAUGAUUCCAAACACCUUUUUAAAUCUGAGGCAAACUCCGUAAUAACAACAACCCGGUGUGAGAGCAAAUUGGUGAAGAAGUCAUCGAGGGUAACGGUGAGACUGGUCGACACUCCGGACUUCCUUGAUGACCAGCUGGAAGACUCUCAGGAGCAGGUCGAAGAGUGCAAGACGUACUGUCAGCGAGAGCAUUGCGUGGUGCUUCUCGUUUUGCAGCUGGGCCGGUUCACGGACCGCGACAGGGACAUUUUACCGAAGCUGGAGGACAAGUUGGGCUGGAAGAUCAGAGAGAAGACAAUUGUCCUGCUGACCCACGGAAAGGAACUGAAAGGAAGUCUAGAUGACUAUAUAAGAGCAGAGGGGGGCCUUUCGGACCUUAUUAAACAGUGUGACAAUCGUUAUCACCUAUUCAACAACAAGUCCAAGAACAAUGAGCAAGUCAGAAAGCUCAUCGAGAAAUUUCCAAUUGAUGAUCACAAGUUCACAAUUUUAGGCAAAGACACAAAAAAUGAUUGCUUAUUGCUUUAGCCAUGCUAUGUGCACUCCAGAUGUGCAAAUGGCAGGCCUAUGAACAGAUGUAGAGGUUUCUAUCAAUUGUGCUUAUUAUUUCACUUUUAAGUAUAUCGCAUUACCAAUGGUCGAUCUGAACGCUGGUAGUGGUCACUGCUGCUACUGCUAAUUGUGUAACUUGGAUCUUUUUGAAAAUGUAAAUUGACAUGGCUUGUCAAUAGAAAUAUAUAAAAUCAUACAUUGUCAACAUUGUAUUGUCUCAAUUGAAUUGGUUUAAAAUUGCUAAAUAUCUGUAUUUUCUUCUGUUGUUUUAACACUCUCGUUUUGGGCUUCUCGGUCUUUGUGAGGCACUUUCAACUGCGUUAACCUGUGUGAAAGGUGCCAAACAAAUAAAGGUUUGUUGAUUUUG